AUGGAGACCGCCGGUCCGUUCGCGGCACUCGCCAAGCGAAAGGCGGAGGAGGCAUCGGGAGGCGCGGCUCCCGCCGCUGAUACCCAGGCCGUUCCCGCCCCGACAGACGCGGCGACGACCGCGGCGGUUCGCGAGACAUCCUCCGACACCACGCAGGUGUGGGGCGUCAACGUCAACAACCUGGACUGGUCCUACCCGAACAUCGACGGCACCCCCAUCGACGGUCAGGAGCCCCUCAUCAAGGGCAUGGACCUCAAGCUCGCGCCCGGAUCGUGCUGCCUCCUGCUCGGCGCGAACGGCGCGGGGAAGACGACGCUGCUCAAGAUACUCGGGGGUAAGCACAUGGUCCCCAAGGACAAGGUGCUCAUCCACGGCCGCGAGGCUUUCUACGACACCGGACUCACCACCUCCGGACAGCUGUCGUACAUCGGCGGCAACUGGCAACGCGACGUCGCCUUCGCCGGCUACGGCGUCACCCUCGCCGGGGACUUCCCCGCGAGGCAGAUGCUCGACUCCAUCCCGAACGUGGACCCCGAACGCAAGGCGCGGAUCAUCGACGUCCUGGACAUCGACCCGGAGUGGCGCAUGCACCAGGUGUCCGACGGCCAGCGCAGACGCGUGCAGCUCGCGUACGGGCUCAUGAUUCCCUACUCGGUUUUACUCUUGGACGAGAUCACCGUGGACCUCGACGUGCUGGGCAGGGCGGACUUGAUGUCGUUUUUAAGGCGGGAGUGCGAGGAACGGAACGUGACGAUCGUGUACGCCACGCACAUCUUCGACGGGCUGGAGCAGUUCGCGACGCACGUCGCGUUCGUCGCGGGGGGGCGGCUGCGUUUUUGCGAACCCCUCGACGCCAUCGACGGGCUCAAGUCGCGCGAGCCCGGAAGUCUUCUGGACACCGUCCAGGUGUGGCUGCGUCAGGAGGCCGAGGCGAAGCGAAAAGAACGCGAAUCCGCGGGGUUCGUGAAGAAGAAGGUGUUCGAGUACGUCCGCAACAGCGGGUGGGGCGAGGGACGCAUGGCGAGCACGGUGUCGUUUGGACCGGAGCUCGGCCAGAAGCACGUCGGAAUGAAAGGGAGCUCCAACGCCGUCAUGCGCAACUAA